UCGCGAUGAAGGGGAACGGCAUUUAUCCCGCUGAAGGGUUCAUGGACCAUGACGGUGAUCACGAUCAAGUCCCCUCAGACAACUACGAUCAACGACAGAACAGCGUCGGUACGUCCUCACAGCCUUCAACAGCCUGGACAUCCCCAGAUCAACCCAUACCAGCCGGGUUACCAAUCGAUCCCAUGGCGCAACCACAAUAUUCGACGGAGACAGCAGCCUCAGCCCCAACAGCUAUGAGGGAGAACCCACACCUGAUCUCGCCCGUUCCUCCAGCACAGCAUGAAUUCCCACCCUCGCCCCAACACCACCCAGCACCAGCGACGUCCCAAUCCCCACCCACCCCAACACCCGCCGACAUCGAAAAAGCCCGCAUCGCAACCCUCCUCGAAAUCAACACCCUCCUCUUCCGCGCAUGUCUAGCAACGACACCACCCGACACCCCCAUCCCCAUGACUCCACAAAACAAAGAGUGUAUGGAGAGACUUCAAGCCAACUUAGCAUACCUCGCGACUAUGGCUGAUUCGAGAACGAGAAAUGGCAAGGCGGGGGGUGGGAGGAGAGUGAGUUUACCUGUGCCGAAGGUGAUGACGGCUCCUGCACAUGUGCCCGAGGUGGAGGGGUUGUAUCGGCGGUUGG